AUGCCAUCGAACAAAGACCGGUUAUAUGUGGCCCUUUAUGCUCGAGGAGGGUCUGCAAAGAUGGCUGGCAAAGAAGACACUUACCAGUGGGCCUUCUUGGUGGGACCUAAGAGCGACAAGAACGAAGGUAGAGGUGCCCGAUAUCACGCUCGAAACCAUGCGACGGCGGAGGCAGACUCUGUGUGGGCUUUCGAGGAAGUGCGCACGUCCUUGAUGCCAACUCAGAUGAUCUUGGUUCGAGUUCUCAUAGCCAAGAUCGAAAAUACAGAUAAGUUGGCUCAACUGCUGCGUCAGGUGCCCGUCAAACAAGGCCAGCAAGACUGGAACUGUGUUUCCUGGGUUAAAGAAGCGCUUUCGCAGCUUGAAAUGUCAGCCGAUAUCUUGGGUACGGGCGUUGUCCAGUGGGAAGCUGUUCGCAAUGCAGCUAUGUCAUACUGUCAGAAGAAGAGAGACCAACGUCGAUUUGACAGCGCUGCUAAAUACGACAUCACGCGAGUGCCGACCUUCGACUUGAUUCAAGGAAAGGAGACAAUCGAGUAG